AUAGUAUUAUUCAGAAAUAAUGUAGAAAAUAUUAUAAUGCCAUUUGUAUUUGCGACAAUAUGUAUAUUAUACAUGUUUGUAGCCAAUCUUAUGGGACAAAAUAUAAUUGAUCACAAUCAUCAUGUACUCAAUACUGCGUAUAACGUUCAGUGGUAUAAAUCUUCUUUGCACAUGCAAAAAAUGAUAUUAUUCUUGUUGCAAAGAGGAACCAAGGAAUUUACUUUAAAUGUUGCUGGACUAUUUGAUGCAUCUAUGGAGUGUUUCGCUACGCUGGUGAAAGCUUCGGUGUCAUACUUUACUGUUAUAUAUUCAAUGCGAUGAUAAAACAAAUAUCAAUUUAUUACAUCGUGGAAUACUUAAAGAAAUGACGAGAUAUCCAUGUUUAUAUAAAAAAAUUUAUUUUUGUGCAAGUAUAGCAUAUAGUUAUUGUUAUAAAAGAUAUUAUAAAAAAACUAUACAAAAUUAAAGUUAUCCAAAUCAAAAUGAUAAUACUUCAUGUUUCUAAUAAAUUGAAAAAAAGUUAUUGUAUUUUCUGUACUUUAAAUACAAAAUGCAUAAGCGAUUUUUUCAACUAUUUGUUAUUAACUGAUUAAACAUUAAACUUGUAUAAUAUAAUAUGUAUUAAUGUUCAUCCAAAUAAUUAAAUUUAAUAUUAGUUUCUUCAAGUAUUAUUUAUAAAUAAAUACGUGAUAAAAACAAAAACACAUAUUGUCAGCGCAAUGAAAAUUUUUUGGCAAGUAUCAGCAAACGAUUGGGGUAUAUAUAUUAUAAUAUUUACUAAAUAUUUAGAAAAAGUAAAAUUAUUUUUUGUCAUAUUAACCAAAUAUUUAAUUGGGAUUAUUGCAUUAAACGUUUGAUAGUUUUUAUAAAACGUUUCUUUUUUAAUAUAAUGAUAUUUAUACCAAUUAAAUACCUAAAAUACUUUUAAUAUUUAUACAUGUUGAAAUCAUUUAUCGCUCUAAUUAGUAAUUUGAAAUUUACGGUGUUGCCUAUAUUUAUUUAACUCGAUCAUUUUCCAUUUAUGAUUGUUACCAAGUAGAGCUGACAUCAAAAGGAUUAUAGGUGAAAAGUGUCGGUCUGGCAGAAGAGAUAUACAAGUGCACUUGUCGAAUGUCUGUAUGAGACUGAAGGAUCUAAAAUAGGAAAUGCGCUUGCGUGACAUUCGAUCUCUUACCAUAGGCUUUUUUUUUUUAAUGUAAAGUAUCAUGAAAUUUCAGAUAUAUUUCAUGUAGAUACAAGUUGAAGAAAUGUUUCUAAAUUAUAGGCAAGUAUCUAAACACACAAUGGCAUAAAGACCCAUUACUCAAAUUAUAAUAUUUACAGUAAAAUUUACACUAGAAGAGAGAACGUUUACUCGAUCGAUGAAGAAAAAGGGGAUGAAUGUACUCCUAUCGGAUGCGUCACAAUUAUUCGCGUCGGAAGCCUCAUAAAGAUAUGAUCCAAAUAAAAGAUCGUUGUCAGUAUUUUAAUGUAAGAGAAUGCUAAAUAAUACGUUGUAUCUAUUUUAUUUUAAGCUACUAAAUGGCAAAUUGUCACUGUGCAGUUAUCUUACUUUAUUACAAUAAUGUUUGUAUUAAAUAUAUUGUAACAAGUAUUAAUCAAAUUUCUGAGUAAAAAUUAAAUAAAACUGUCUGUUAGCAGCUGACAUCAUUUCUAACGUCAAGAUGUACUUCGGAAUUUCUCAUGAAGGUUUUAUCUUCCGCAACUUUCUUCGGUGUAUUCAUGAUAAAAUAUAACUCGUUUUGUUUUAAUAUCGAAGGUAUGAAGGAUUUAUUGAUUCAACUUCAACACGUACACAAUAAUAUAAAAGAUAAAAAUGAAAUUGCUAUUAUAAAAAAGUAUCACUGUAUUGCGAAACGUUAUGUAACUGGACUGAUAGCAUUAGGAUUUUUCGCAACAUUUGCGAUUAUUAUAGUACAAUUUUGGAUGAAUAUGGUUAGUGUUGAUUUAUCGACAAAUGCAUCUCGACGAUACCAUUUCAUAUUUAUAACAGAGUAUUUCAUUGAUCAAGAAAAAUAUAUUGGUUUGAUUUAUUUACACGUUAACGCAGCUUUUUGCAUUGGUUCGAUUGUUGCGGUAGCAAUUGGUGCAAUACUUAUUGCAUAUACUCAGCAUAUCUGUGGAAUGUUUAGAAUUGCUAGUUAUCGUAUCGAAUAUGUAAUAAAUAUCAACAUUCUACAGAAUGUCACUCAAAAACAUAAAAUCUGGAUGGCUGAGAACAUCGGUUACGCCGUAGACAUUCAUCGGCAAGCUAUGAAAUUGAUGAAACAAUUAAUGUCAAUAUUGGAGAUAAUGAUGUUUUGUUUAAUAGUAUGUGGCGUAGCUUCUUUGAGCCUCAACUUGUUUCAAUUAGUAUUAUUCAGAAAUGAUAUUGGGAGUAUUGUAAUGCCAUUUGUAUUUGCGACAGUAUGUAUGUUAUAUAUGUUUUUAGCCAAUCUUAUGGGACAGAAUAUAAUUGAUCACAAUCAUUAUGUACUCAAUACUGCGUACAACGUUCAGUGGUAUAAAUCUUCUUUGCACAUGCAAAAAAUGAUAUUAUUCUUGUUGCAAAGAGGAACCAAGGAAUUUACUUUAAAUGUUGCUGGACUAUUUGAUGCAUCUAUGGAGUGUUUCGCUACGAUACUAUGUAUAAUUGCAGCUGGUGAAAGCUUCGGUGUCAUACUUUACUGUUAUAUAUUCAAUGCGAUGAUAAAACAAAUAUCAAUUUAUUACAUCGUGGAAUACUUAAAGAAAUGACGAGAUAUCCAUGUUUAUAUAAAAAAAUUUAUUUUUGCGCAAGUAUAGCAUAUAGUUAGUGUUAUAAAAGAUAUUAUAAAAAAAUGUACAAAACUAAUGUACAAAUCCAAAUCAAAAUGUUAAUACUUCAUGUUUCUAAUAAAUUAAAAAUAGUCAUUGUA